UCGUGGGCCCAAGUGUGGGCACGAAUGAAGGGCGGGUCGCCUACUCCGCUGCCCGGUUGCGCUAGGUUUGGUUUCCUUUUGUAUCUUAAUCUUGUCGCUUGGUCAUCUUCCUGUCGGUGUUGUUGUUGAUGACAUCGUCUACGCCAUCGUUCGUAUCAGCAGCUUCCGUGUUGGCC